AGAAACAAACCGCUUACAGGACUCUAGACACCUGAAGAACUGUUUCACAAUGGACAUAGAUGAUGAAGAGAACAUGAGUCCUGCAACGAAGGCAUUGUAAGUUACUCUUUCUGGGCACCACAGGUUCAGGCAGCACUGAUGUUAAAGAGAACCGCAACAUGGACAACAUUUCAUCUAAAGAUGGGAGUGUGCAAGGUAUCGGGGAGGGAAAUCAGCUCUCCAAUGGUGGUGGCUCUGGCAGCAGGAAGCGACCUUUGGAAGAGGGGAACAAUGGCCACUCCAAGUUCCGCCCAAAGAAGAGGAAGAAAACACCUGGCCCCGUCCUGCCCAAGAACGCCCUGAUGCAACUGAAUGAGAUCAAGCCUGGAUUGCAGUACAAGCUGAUUUCCCAGACAGGGCCAGUUCAUGCUCCUAUUUUUGUGAUGGCAGUUGAAGUGAAUGGGCAGGCAUUUGAAGGCUCUGGCCCUACAAAGAAGAAAGCGAAGCUCCAUGCUGCGGAGAAGGCUCUGAGGUCCUUUGUUCAGUUCCCAAAUGCCUCUGAAGCACACCUAGCAAUGGGGAGAACUCUUUCCGUUAAUACAGACUUCACCUCUGACCAGGCAGAUUUCCCAGACACGCUCUUCAAUGGCUUUGAAAACCCAGCUCACCCAGAUCAUUCCUUUUAUUUGGAUUCCAAUGGAGAUGGUUCCUUUAGCUCCACUUCCGAUUAUGGCUUAUCAUCUGCUGGGGUUAGUAGCCUUAGUCAGUCCUCUCUCCCUGCCCCAUCACCGUACCCAUCAACGAGCGGAAAGAAUCCAGUCAUGAUACUGAAUGAACUCCGGCCGGGGCUGAAGUAUGACUUUCUUUCAGAAAGCGGAGAAAGCCAUGCUAAGAAUUUUGUGAUGGCUGUGUCAGUGGAUGGACACACAUUUGAAGGGUCUGGAAGAAACAAAAAACUUGCCAAGGCCCGGGCAGCUCAGUCAGCGCUGGCAUCCUUGUUUAACAUGCAACUGGAUCAAACUCCUUCUCACCAGCCUAUUCCUAGUGAAGGAUUGCAGUUACACCUACCACAGGUUUUAGCCGAUGCUGUUGCACGCUUGGUGGUAGAUAAAUUCAGCAGUUUGACGGAUAACUUUACAUCACCCCAUGCUCGUAGAAAAGUAUUAGCUGGAGUUGUCAUGACAACAGGCACUGAUGUGAAAGAUGCUCAGGUUAUAAGUGUUUCUACAGGAACCAAAUGUAUAAACGGAGAAUAUAUGAGUGAUCGUGGCCUUGCGCUGAAUGAUUGCCAUGCAGAAAUUAUAGCUCGGAGAUGCCUCCUUAAAUUUCUCUACACACAACUUGAACUGCUCUUAAGUAAUAAGGAAGAGCAACAAAAAUCUAUUUUUAUCAGGUCAGAACAAGGUGGUUUUAAAUUGAAAGAAAAUGUCCAGUUUCAUCUCUACAUCAGCACCUCUCCUUGUGGCGAUGCUCGGAUUUUUUCACCCCACGAAGCAGCCCAAGAAGAUCAGGGAGACAGACAUCCAAACCGGAAGGCAAGGGGGCAGCUACGGACGAAAAUUGAAUCUGGGGAAGGAACCAUCCCUGUCCGAUCUACCACAACUAUCCAGACUUGGGAUGGAGUACUGCAGGGAGAGAGACUGCUCACUAUGUCAUGCAGCGAUAAGAUAGCCCGGUGGAAUGUACUUGGUAUUCAAGGAGCAUUACUUAGCCUUUUUGUGGAGCCAAUUUACUUCUCUAGCAUUAUCUUGGGGAGCUUAUACCAUGGAGACCACCUAUCCAGAGCAGUGUAUCAGCGGAUAGCAGAGAUAGAAGAUUUACCACCUCUCUAUGUGCUUAAUAGACCUUUACUCAGUGGUAUCAGCAAUGCUGAAGCCCGCCAACCAGGUAAAGCACCAAAUUUCAGUGUGAACUGGACAGUAGGAGAUGCUGGCCUUGAAGUUAUUAAUGCCACAACUGGCAAAGAUGAGAUGGGUCGUGCAUCUCGUCUUUGUAAACAAGCUCUGUAUAAUCGCUGGAUGCGCAUCUAUGGAAAGCUUUCCUCCAACCUUCGUUCGAAAGUCAGCAAGCCAAACAUAUAUCAUGAGACGAAGCAAGUAGCUGCGGAAUAUCAAACUGCCAAAGAAUGUUUGUUCAAAGCAUUUUUGAAGGCGGGUCUUGGCGCCUGGGUGGAGAAGCCCAUUGAACAGGAUCAGUUUUCGCUCACAGUCUGAUCUCUGGAUUGCAUUUCACCUGGACCAGGGACUGUGGUGGAAACUACAAUGGAAACUACAUCAGCACUUCACUUGUACCAUUAUAACAGCAGCUUUUAAACCUUUUUUGUGGUUUGAGGACUAACUUGUGACCAAGUUUUGUUUUGUUUGUUUUACAGAAGUAUUAAAAUUGAUGGGAAUCUGAUGACAUAAAAAUGAGUUUGGACUCAAACAGAGUUGAUUACCUUCUCAAGAACUUUAGUCUGCAGGGAAAAUCACAGUGCAACUCUCUACAAGUAAUUCAUCUGAAGAGUUUACAAAUUAUUUUACCUACAUUGUUGACGGGUGCAUGAUUAAUGUGAAUCACAUAGGAUGUUACACUAAAGUUUGACUAUGUGGUUUGAAUUUAUGUUCUUUUAGAGCCUAAAAGACAGCUAAUUUAUGUGCUGCUUUUAGAUUUUUAUUUUUUAAAUGGAUUAAACGUAUAGGAAAGAUACAGAAUAGAAAAAUGAGACUGGAGUUUGACUAGCUAGUUUUCCCUGCUUCCCUGAUCUUUCAAAACAGCUGCUGAAAACUUUGUGUCUUUGAUGUAUGUAUUUAUUAAUCUGUGAUCCAAUUUUUAACAUGCCACUUUUUAUUCUAUUUUAAAGUACCUGUCUUCUCUCCCCACUUGCACAUAUUGUGUAGUUAUUUUUUUACCAUUGUAAACUGGAAACAAAAAUAUUUGUAAUCUAACACAUUUUAGACUUCAGUGUACAAAAACCUUUAGAUAUAGAUGUGUUUCACAGGAACUCAUUUGAGUACAACAGUAAUGUUACCAGUGAUGUGGCAAUUUCAAACAUUUGUUCGUUUGUGAGGAAAUCUGCUGUCUUGCCAAAAAGCAACCUAGAUCCAAACAUCCCAACUGCUAAGGGUUAUUCCAUGGACAAAGCAGGUUUUAAAGUGAGAGCUCUUCUGAGCCUUAACAUAUUUUCAGCCAAACUGUCGUGUCCAUCUGAAAAGCUAUUGCCCGAGACACGCAUUUAAAACGAUCUGAAGUCUUAUUCUGAAGUUCAGUUUUCUUUGAUCUUCUAGUAACAGGAGUCAAUUACUAGAAGAUCCUCAUGUUGGUUUGCAUUAUCCUUGCUCCACAAGCAUGUACAGGUCUGGAUCUCUCAGGGACGUCGGUUUUGGCUGAGGGAGUUAGUAACCCUAGUGAGUAGCGUUAAGCCCACAUCUCUGUUGGUCAUACCCCUGAGCGCCCUCUGUGUGUGUUGCACAGACCACUGCACAUUAGGGCUCCCACUAAUGUGCAGUGUGCAUAGUCCUGUAACUAGGUAAUCUACAAAGCCAGUAGUCACAUGUAGCUCUCCUGUCCACUGCCAAUGUUUCAGAAAGUAUUAUCUUCUUCUUAUUGUUCUGCCUGGUAUGGGGAUGAGGGUGACCAUGGAAUCAGAUGGGCAAGCUCAAUACCUCAGCUUCUGUAUCAAGCCCCACCGAUUAGACAUAAAUAUGAAAUCCUCUUAGGAAAUUACUUCCGCAGUUAAUUAAUCUCAUUUUAAAUGAAAGAGGGAAUUCUUAGCAAUCAUGAUAGAAAUUUGGGCCUGAUCUUCUCGAUUCCAUUCCACAAAGCAUGCCGUGUAGGUUUAGCAAAUUCUGCUCACCUGCUUGGAGCUAAAUGAUGCUUACAUGUUUUGCUAAACCAGUGACAGGAAGUCAAGUUGUAAUACUAGAUGUAUAUCACAUGUAUAUUGGCCUCUGCUUGAUGUGAUGUCCAUCUUGAAGAUAUCACACCAGCUAAAAGUAUUUAAAUUAUCUGUGUGGCUAUGUAUAGUAGAUAGAAAAGGUAGCUAGCUCCUCACUUUUGAGUAUUGUCCAGAUACUACUGCCUACAUAGUGUUGUGGUGAUAGAUGCACAAACUAUACAAGGUUAUAUGCAUGUCCAAGAAAGUCCUAUACUGUAAUUGGUUUAUAUCUUUGUUUUAAAGGAGAGAAAACUAUGUUCGUUUUUUUUAAUUGACUAAGAGGCAUGAUAGCAAUAACUUAAUACAGAUGUUGAUAGAAUAAAUCAAGAGUUUUAUUAUGUGAAAGCUCAUCAUGUAUAUGGCAUCUUUAAAUAUUAAUGAACAAAUUCAAACUAUUAAAAUAUAUGCGAAACAAGAAACACACCCAAAGUUGGCCACUUAAAUGCAGCUUAUUCACUGCAGCUUAUUCCAGCAUAGAGGAUCAAUGGCAAAUCAUGGCCACUCUAAGAUGAAAUAGGUAGUUGCUAAGACUGACUAUUAGAAGGAAACUUUUUGGUCCCUAGGUAUGGCUUGGGCAUUGGGUCCCAUGGCUCAUGAGCUGGAGGGUGAAAUGAGGACAAAGGCCAAACGUGUUUGGUAGGUCUGAGAACAGAGCUUGAUCUACUGAUUCUUGUUAUAAGAUAUAUAGCUUUCAAUGGUGGGGGGACGGGCGGGACGGGAUAGCUCCAGUACAAAACUAAUAGGAUUGUUUUGUCCUUUGCUCUGGUGGUCACAAGUGCAAAAGCAACACAAAAGAAUAACUGGGCUAGUAUUUUCUCCUCCUAAUUAUUGACAACCCUCAUUUUGAACCUUCCUAUGAUUCUUACUGUGGUGAUUUCGAUAGGCAAAAGUCACUGAAGUAUGAUGCACAGUAUAUGGUAAAUUCCUUGAAACAUAUAGCUUGAAAAGAGCAUGUUACAUAUUUUUAAGACUGCACAGUUUAGGUCACUGGGCUGAAUCAUAUUCUAGUGUAAUGUGAAACAGCAGGACCAAGUCGUGGGCUCAAUACCCUUUCUCCUGAUCAUGGGCCCAAGAGAGCAUAGCAUCUGCUUCUCUUUUGAUCUAGCCAGGGACAGACAAUUUGUGGCUCUCCAAAUGUUGUUGGACUGUCCUGUCCCAUCAGAUUAGCCAACAGUGAGGGAAGAUGACAUUGCAAUUAAUUAUAUAGGAGCCCCCGGUGGCGCAGUGCCGGUAGGACUGAAAACCAACAGGUCGCAGGUUCGAAUCCGGGGAGAGCGUGAAUGAGCUCCCUCUAUCAGCUCCAGCUCCCCAUGCGGGGACAUGAGAGAAGCCUCCCACAAAGAUGAUAAAACAUCAAAACAUCCAGGCGUCCCCUGGGCAACAUCCUUGCAGUUUCUCUCACACCAGAAGCGACUUGCAGUUUCUCAAGUCACUCCUGACACGACAAAAAAAAGGUUCAUGACAUUUGGAGAGCCAGCUUUUGCCUUGGUUUAUUAUUAUAUCUCAAGUUAAUUCUGGUUAAAGUUUGUUUUGUUUAAAUAAUCCCCAAUCAAAUUGGUUUAUGAUCUUGGCUUGAUAGGAAAUCAUAGUUUACACUAGCCAGUUUCUUUAGUCUAAACACAGCAAUAAAUCUUUAGUGUCUAGUUUCUUUUAGAAAAGACAUUUUUAAAGAAGCAUCUUCCCCAAAGCUAUGCCAGAGAUAUGUUUAUUGACUCUCACUAACAAUUUGGUGUUACAACUUAAGAGUCUCUUUCCUUUGCCCUCAAAAAUAUUCAGCAUUUCAUUCCCUUUAGUCCACUUGCCACAUUUGUACCUCUCAGCCCUGCACUGUCAAAAGCAAUAAAACCAUGACAUGGCAAAUUGACACUUAAUGGAUGCAGAGUGCAUUUGGGUUAAUGCCAUGGCUAUGUAACAGUAUACUUUCCUAUGUAGAUCAAAGCAUGACAGUUCUUGAUAGAAAAAGAAAUCCAUGCUAGCAACAAACAUCUUUCAUAAUAUUAUUCCUGUGUUCCAUGCCAAUCAUUAAAUGAUUUAGGCUCAUUUUAUUUUGAGACAUUUUCUUGUUUGCAUGCCAAUACUUCUAGCUUGGAUAAUGUGUGGCUGAUAUAUGCUGCAGUACAGUUCAUAUGAAUGGUGUGAGCAAAAUAUUAAUUUGCUAUAUGGUCCAUUGCCUCCAGUAGGAUUGAGAAUGAUGUGCCUGUAUUUGUAUAGAGGGGAGUCAGCAUGGUGUAGUACUAUGAGGGUUGCACUAGGACCAGGGAUCGAAACCUGGAUCGACCAGGCAGUGCCCUGAAUGAUCUUGGGCACACCCACUCUCUCAACCACAGAGGAAGGUAAUAGGAAAGCUCCUCUGGCUAAAUCUCCCCAAGAAAACCCCAUAAGAGGUUGCCUUGAGGUUGAUAUAAGUCCGAGUUAACCUGAAGGCAUAUAAACAACAAACUCGUACUGAACUGUCCUUGCAAAGAGGUUCAUACCUAAGCCAAAUGCCUUUGUGAGUUGGCUGAAUGACUUCAUAACUCUGCCUACUUUCUGUUUUAAAUUCCUCUAUGACUGGGAGGUAAAUAAGUCACAGUAUCACUGCAAGGUGCUUUUCGAUCACAGACAGAAGGGCACCGAAUCCUUUUGCUUCUCUGCCUCUAAAAUCCCAACUCUUUUCCUCUAACAGUGAAACUGAAUGACUGGAAAUACCUCGUUUAUGUUGUUGCUUCAGAAGUGCAGUGGGAGUUUAUUUCUAGUUUGUGUGAGAAGUCCUCUAAGCUUUGGAAAACCUGUCUUCUCUCAAAGGAAGCUCUUUUUAUGUCUUUGCAGAUUAAGCACAAACUUUUGUUUGUUAAAACAAAAAUCUCCUGAUACUGUUCUAGAAGAAAGAAAGAAAUGUGGUCGAAAUCCAAAUGUUUCAAUGAAGUGGGUCCACCAAUAAAAUGGACGCAACUA